AUGGCUUUUUAUGACGUUGCUAUCAUCGGUGGAGGCUCUGCUGGGCUCGCUGCGGCUGCCGCCUUGGCCCGUCAACUUCACACGGCCGUUGUGUUCGACUCGAAACAGUACAGGAAUGCAAAGGCGACUGCCAUGCACAUGGUUCCCGGCCACGAGGGCAACCCCCCAGAACAGUUCCGCCGCGAGUCUCGAGAGGGCCUGUCCAAGUAUCCGACUAUUGAAUUUUAUGACGCUCGGAUCGACAAGGUCGAAAAGAAGACUGAUUCCGAGUUCCUACUCACCGACUCUACCGGCAAGAACUGGCAAUUUUCGAAUGCUUCUGCUUGCGGUGGGCUCGUCCGACAUCUUCCCCGAUAUCGAGGGCUGUGA